AUGGCAGGUCCCUGGCUCCCACCAAUGCUGCUCCUACUGCUGUCCUUCGCCCUGGGAUCUGCUGGACAAGCAGCCCAGGAUACCGGGGAGAGGAUCAUUAAUGGAGUUCCAUGUUCAAGAGGCUCCCAUCCCUGGCAGGUGGCCCUGUAUGACAACGAUGAGUUCCAAUGUGCAGGCGUGCUGGUCAACCAGCAGUGGGUGCUCACCGUCGCCCACUGUCACAUGAGUGAGUAUAUUGUGCAAAUGGGUAGUGAUCUUCUGGUUGAUGUGCGUGCCCAGAGGAUCAGGGCCACAGAGUCCUUCAUCCACCCCUGGUAUAUCAACGACACCUAUUAUCAUGACAUCAUGCUGGUGAAGCUAAGCAGCCCGGCCACACUCUCGCCCACUGUGAGGACAAUCGACCUACCGUCUAGUUGCAAAGGCCGUGGGACAAGCUGUACUGUGUCUGGCUGGGGCUUCACGACCGGGGAUGCAGCAGCAACAAACUCAUCCGACCUCAUGUGCUCGAAUGUCAACAUCAUCUCCUACCGGAAAUGCAAGCGGUCGUACUGGAUCCUGUUGAAGAAAUACAUGCUCUGUGCAGCUCCGCCCCCCGACGGGUUCUCAAACAGCUGCAAAGGUGACUCCGGGAGUCCGCUGAUAUGUGAAGGUUCCCUGCAAGGCCUGGUGUCCUCCGGCUAUUUCCCUUGUACCCCGCCCUUUGAGCCAGUGAUAUACACCCGCCUAUGCAUGUACCGCAAAUGGGUGUAUAAAACCAUAAAAGCCAAUUCCUAA